GAAGAAGAAGAAGAAGAAGAAGAAGAAGAAGUGUAACCCGGAAGUGCUUUGGCUAAUUCGUCGAAGGCUGCCAUUGCUGUCAGGAUGAGCCGGCCAGCGGACGAGCAGGACACUGGUGACCGGGAGGACUUUUUUGACUGUCGCGAGACUUUGGAGCUUCCCGAGCGAGGAGACGAGGACAGACGGCGCGUGAAGACGGACGCGAAACACGAGCCGGCGGACCCGCUUGAGGACGCGCCCGUCGGAGAAGUGGAGGACGGCGACCAGCCGGAGGAAGAGGAAGAGAAAUUGUCGCAGGAGGAGCAGGAGAGCCGACGACUGCGCAGUCUCGCCUUGAAGGAGGAAGGCAAUUGUCACUUUAAAAAUGGAGAUUGGUCUGUGGCGGAGCAAAGCUACACGCAAGCGCUGCGUUUGUGCCCGCGCGCUUUCGGCCAAGAGCGAGCCGUGUUGUUCUCCAACAGAGCGGCCGCCAGACUGCACUUGGAGCGCAAGGACGACGGGAUAGCGGACUGCUCCAGAGCGUUGGAGCUGAAUCCCGACUACGUGAAGGCGUUGCUGAGGAGGGCGGAGCUCUACGAGCAGACGGAACAGCUGGAAAAGGCGCUGGACGACUACCAGAAGGCCCUGGAGCGAGACCCCGACCAGACGGGAGCCAGGCAGGCCUGCGUGAGGUUACCUCAGCAAAUCCACGAGAAGAACGAGAAGCUGAAGGAGGAAAUGUUAGGUAAACUGAAGGAGCUGGGCAACAUGGUCCUGAGACCGUUCGGCAUGUCCACCAGCAACUUCCAGGUCAACCGGGACGCCGACACGGGCUCCUACUCCAUCAACUUUGUCAACAAGCCCAACAACACGUGACCGCGCCGCGCUGUUCUUUCACAAUAAAACUUUCCUGUUGCACCCCAA